AUGGACCUCGACACGACCGGAUAUGCAUUUAAGGUUUCAAAAUUGUUUUGGAAUCGAAAAAAUCGAUAGAAAAAUGAUUUUUCAAUGAGAUUUUCUGAAUUUUCGCGAUCUUUCAACGUUUUACGAAGAAAAAAAAUUUUCAGCUUCAUCCUAACAACUUGAACUUUUGCCUAAACUACCUGCAAAGGAUCAUCUCCGACCUGGGCGAGAAAAAAAUGAAGGAAGAAAAAAUUGACACCCAAAAAUGGCUCACUUCUGCGAUGCUUUGGACCGUUCAAAUCAUCGGUUUGUCGAAAAAAAAAAAUCAAGAUAGGAAAUUUUCAGAUUCCUUUAAUAUUUAACAUGCAAAAAGUGCGAAAUUUCACUGAUUUUUAAAGGCCAAAGUGGUCCCUUUAGGGGAAAUUUAGGGGCGUUUGAAGGGUUCCCUCUAGGGGCCACUCCACCUUCCCAAUAGGGAUCUCUUUUUCUUCCCCGCCUCUCCUGAAAGGACCACCUCAUCAACUCCAUAGAGGUCCCUAAAGCUUGAAAAGUGGUCCCUAUAGGGGCCACUUUAGGCGUGUUUGAAGAAUCCCCUUUAGGGACCACUUCACCUCCCUUCUUAGGAGUUCUCGAGUGGUCCCUAUAGCGGUCACGGCAAAAAACAGCCCUUAUAAGGGACGAAAAAGUGGUCUCUAUAGGGGUAGAAUUCAGGCUCCUAAAUCUCAAGUGGUCACUGUAGGGGUUAGAGGAAAAGAGCCCUUGUAGGGAUUAGGAAAGUGGUCCCUCGAGGGGACCCUCCAUGAGCUCCUAAUGUGGCCCCUAUAGGGACCGCUUCAGAGUUAUUAAGUUUAUCUGAGCUAGCAAAAUUGGUCCCUAUGGAAGCUUUAGUUAGUGGUCACUCUAGGGGACAUACAAGUCGUUUAUUUUUGUUUUUAUUGUAACUAUAUUAGAAGAAGUAUUUUCAUGCGAAAAAAUCGAUAAAUUAGCGUUUUUGAAUGUCUUUUCAACUUAAAAAGCAGUAAAAAAAAUUUCAAAGGUCACUAGAGGGACUACUCCAUCCUGAGAGGCUCACUUAGGUAUUCCAAAGCGGCCCCUAUAGGGUUUACGGGAACAAACAUUCUCUUCAGGGGCCGAAAAAGCGGUCUCUAUAGGGGCUUCUGACCCCUUAGCCCCUAAUGCUCAAGGGGUCCCUAUAGGGUCUUCCGACUUUCUUUUUUCAACAAUUUACGAUCAGCGUUUCCCGUAUAGAGGCCGCUAACUGAAGCCUCUAUAGAGGCCAUUUUUGCAAGCUGUAGUGGCCCCUAGAGGGGCCCCUUAGGUUGCUCCUAUACCACUCUGGGCUUCUGAGUAAGAGUCCGACCCUAAACCCCUAUAGGGACUACCUGAAUUAUAACUUUAUAGGGAGCACCUUUUCCACUAUAGGGACUGUUUUUCACCCCCAACCCCUCUAGGAGCCACUUUGGUGCCCUUAAGUGAUUCUCAAGGGAAAAAUCAGUGAAAGGGUGUUUUUGAGUGUGGAAUAUAAAAUAACUUCGAACAAACGGUUUCGAUUCAAAUUUUCAGUCUGAAACAGUAUUUUCAGAUAUUCAAGGUGAUCAUAUGCAGGCGAUUCCUCUCAAUUUUUCACUGACGAUCAAAAUUUUUGGGUUUUUGGAAAUAUUUAGAGUGGUCCCUAUAGGGAUUAGGAGGGAAAACAACCCCUAUGGGGGUCGAAAAAGUUGUCCCUACAGUGGCGUAGGAUCUGACCCCUUAGCGCCAAAAGCUCAAGUGGACCCUAUAGGGGUCUCUAAAUUUUAUUCAAAAAUGUUUAUUUAUUGGGUUUUUCUCAUGGAAAUGCUUCUUCGCUUAGAGUUCAUAACGAUUAUCGACUAGCAUGUCCCCUAUAGGGGCCACUUUUGCAAGCUUGAGUGGCCCCUAUAGGGUUUGGUACAGUGGUCCUUGAGGUUUCCCCUAUAGGGAUCACUCUGGAGUUUCUGAAAAAAAUUAUAUUGCGUGAAAAUUGGCUGUGGAAAUAAGAAGUAAGGAAUUUUACGCAGAAAAAAAAAAUAUUUGUUUCAGAUCACACAGCUCUACGAAAAUCCGACUGCACUUUACAACUUUUCGAAAGAACCGAAGCCGUUGAAAUUGUCGUGGAUCUACUUGAAACGGUAAUAAUUUCUAAACCUUCUAAUCAAAAAAAAGUCAUUUUUCCAUAUCUGAAUGAUUUUUGGAGCCCAAAUUCAUUUUUAUUUUAGUUGUAAACCUAAAAAAUACACUUUUCUCUCACAAAAUUUGAUUCGCCCGCUCAAAAAUUAUUCGCAUUUUUUCGAGGCGAAAGUCGUUUUAUGGUCGGGCGCAAAUUUGUGCUGCUUAUUCUAUUUUUUUAAUAUAAAAAACCAAAAAAAUCUAUAUAUUCUUGAUUGUGAGCCGAAAAUAUAUCUUCAAAGAUUUGUGAUGCUUCAGUUCAUAUUCAAGCUCAAUAUUUCGCAAAAUAUUCAUUCGGCGAAAGUCGUUUUAUGGUCGGGCGCACUUUUUUUCGGUUUUUGAGCUCUUCCUUCUAAUUCUAUGAGAUUCUUAGGCAGGCCGAACUAAUCAAACUUAUCAAAUUUCCGAAUUUAUUCCAGAUCCUCAACGCCGAAGCAAUCUUCGAAAAGCGAUGCCGAGAAAAUGGACCGUCUUUUCCGGAAAUUCACUCGAAUCGUGAAGAUUUAAUCGAAGCCAGGGCGAAAUUUCAUCAAAGAAUCAGUUCUAUACCUCCUCCCGAUCGACCUGUCAUUCCUGUUAGUGUUAAUAGUUAUAGUCCAUUCACCGCGACUUGAAAAUGUCUGACCUGUCUGCGCUCUCUUUUCUCUCACCGGCGAGGUCGGAGGAUCAGGGAACGAGAGAGCGCAGAAAAGUAAAAAAAUAGCUCGUAAACAUGAGAGAGUCGGUGAGAGAAGAGAGGAGCAGAGAAAUGAGAAUAUACUCCAUUUGAAGUUUUCACUGACUUCUCUGCGCUCUCUUAUCUCUCGCCGGGAUGUCAAAGAAAAGUGGAAAGAGCACGUAUAAAUGAGAGAGUCGAUGAGAGAAGAGGGAGCAGAGAAAAAGAAAAAUUUCAAAUUUUUUGAAUGAACUAUUAACUCCAUUCGCCGCAGCUUAAAGAUAUUCUCCUCUGAUUUCUCUGCUCCCUCUUCUCUCUCACCAGGUAAGAGAAACGUCGAAAGAGCACAUAAACAGAAGAGAGAAGAGAGGGAGCAGAGAGAAAAAAAAAUUUCAAGUUGUGGAAAAUGAACUAUAUACUCGAUUUCACACAGUUUAAAGAGUUUUUUCUCUAACUUCUCUGCGCUCUCCUAUCUCUCACCAAGCUAGAGAAACAGGAAAAUAGGACGUGAAAAUGAGAGAACGCAGAGAAAACAGAGUUUCGAUGGAUCCAAUGUACAGUGCAUCGCCAAAACUUGAUAAAAAGUGAUUUCUCUGUCUUCUCUGCGCCCUCUUUCGUCUCACCGAUACUCUCUAAUUUUCACGUGCUGUUAGUUUCGACUUCUGCUGUGAGAGAAAAGAGGGCGCAGAGAAGUCAGGCUGUUUUAAAUAGUGGUGAAUGAACUUCAAUAAAACAUUUUUUGAGCCCACUCCUCGGUACUCGAGAAUCGAAGAAGAUCCUGGAUUAUCUCGACUUUCGAUCAUUUUCGCUGACCAAAUGGAGAUUUUCAAUGAGAAUCUAUAUGGAAUGAAAACGACGCUUUUGGCUUGUUUGGGUGAGUUUUGGAAAAGGUACAAAAAACGAUCUACUUUGCCAAAAAAUUCAAAAUUUCGGAACUUUUCGUUUUUUUUUUUUCAUCACUUUACUGUUUCUCCAAAACCUUUUUCAUACUGAAAACCGAAAUCCAAUAGUGGUAUUCUUAACAAGAUAUCUUCGACAUGACAGUAUAAGUUCAAAUUUUCGUUAGUAAAGCCAGAGUGGUCCCCAGAGGGGCGAGCUUAAGCGUUCCCCUUUAGUAGCCACUUUACCAUCCCCUACAGGGGUCACUAAAGCUUGCAAAAGGGGCUACUCUAGGGUUCUUAGGAAGUGACCACUCUAGGGAAGCAUGCUAGUCGUUUCUUGGUAUGAACUCUAUAAGAAGAAACACUAAAAUAUACCUCGGACAUAUAUAACGCUCCAGCGAUUCUAGGGAUUACUUAAGAAGGCUGAGGCUACUAAAGUGGUCACUUUAAAUGGUCCGACACGUCCAAAUCGCGUUACCAACGUCUGAGUACGUUGCUUAUCUAAAAUCCCUCUAGGGGCCACUCUGGCGUUUCUGAGAAAGUUGAACGCGAUUUUUCGCUUCAGAGCCAUUUUCUUGAACUGAAAUUGAGCAUUCUCUACUUAUUUCCUGGUUUCUAGGUAAUCUGGUAGCGGAUUGUGAGAAAAACCAAGAAGCCGCGACAAAUCCGCCCCGUAAUGGACUGAUUGCCGCCCUGCAGUGUACCGCCAGGCCGAUGGAACUUAUAAUUCAUAAUCCCUUGACGGUAAGAAAAAGGAAGAGUUUCAUUUUCCCGACUUGGCUGUUUUCUCUGUAUAGUUAAUUCACGGCUGGCUUGAGUCAUCGAGAAAAGGGUCCUGCCACGAAAAGAGACGAGACAGUGCCCUGGAUGGUGGAGAGUGCAGACAGGCCACGCCUUUUUGCGUCCCAAGCUAGCCGUGAAUCGUCUAUACCCUCCUCGUCUCUCGGCCACCCUCUCAAGUUGACAUGCUGUUUUCUCUGUACCCUCCUCGUCUCUCGGCCACCCUCUCAAGUUGAGAUGCUGUUUUCUCUGUACCCUCCUCGUCUCUCGGCCACCCUCUCAAGUUGUUGUGCUUUUUUCGCGUUUCUCUGUCCUUGUUGGUGAGGGAACACACUUAGGAAUUACAUAGUGGUUCCUACAGGGGCAGCAAAAAAUGGUCCUUAUAGGGGUAAAAUUUAGGUGGUACCUUCAGGGGUUUAGGAUCGGGACUCGUAGCUUCUGAACUUCAAGUGGUCCCUGUAGGGUUCUUUCAAUUUUUGUUGAGAUUUUAGAAUGAUUGGUAAAAAUUCGAAAAGCCGAACAAGAUACGUUUCGAUUCAAGUUCUUAUAUGUUUCAGAACUUUUAGUUCCGUUGGGUCGUCCAUUUUCACCGAAUUGAAAAACGAGAUUGGUAGAUUUGCAAGGGUGACGCGUUGCGUGUGCGACGCGGCUUUAGUUGAAAAAAAAUCGACUUGCGUUCAAAUUUACGUUUCCGCGCUUAGGAACGCGAGAGUUUUCCCUAGAGGGCAAUUUUAAUGGAGCGUGAAUAUUUCCCCUUUAGGGACCACUUUAACAACCCCUAUAGGGGCAAGUAAAGCUUGCAAAUGGUGCCUAUCCAUGCGGAAAAAUUCAAUAAAAUAGCGUUUUCCGGAGGAAAAAUUUUAAAGUAGGAUAAAAUUACCAUCUUUGUCUUGAUAAUUUUCAAAUUGAAUGAAAAAUAGAGAGACCCCUAUAGGAACCACUUAAUCUUCAAGAGGUCAGACUCUAAACCCCUAUAGGGACCACUUUUUCGGCCCCUUCCAAAGGCUGUUUUUUUUUCUAGUCCCUAUAGGGACCACUUUUUCGGCCCCUCGAAAGGCUGUUUUUCCAUCUAACCCCUAAAGGGACCACUUCUUGGGCCCCUUCAAAAGGCUUUUGUCUCUCUAUCUAAUCCCUAUAGGGACCAAUUAACCUUGACGGGCUUAGGGGUCGGACUCUAAAGGGACCAUCUUCAUGUUACCCCUAUAGGGACCUCUUUUUGGGCCCCCUUCAAGAACUUUUUUUUCCCUUAACCAACACUGAGACCCCUUUUUCAGUCCCUAGGGCUGUUUUUCUCCCUAAUCCCUAAAGGGCCCACUCGGGAAUCCCUAAGCCAAUCAACCCAUCUCCCCUUUCAAGUCGAGAAGAAUUAAUUGACGAAUUAAAAAAAAAAUUCAAAUUUUCAGUCGAAUUGGGCCCUGACCGCAAUUCGCAACUUGACGGUCGGGAAUCGCAAAAACAAGGAGAUUUUGCUGAAUUUGAACGAUGUGAGAAACUGAAAAUGUUCUGAAAGAAAAAAUCAUUUUUUCAGGGACCCAGCAAGAUAAUCAACCGUGAGAAGCUGUUAAAUGAAUUGGGGGUCAAAGUGACGCGAGAUGACGUCACCGGCGUGUUACGAUUGGCUGAAUGA